AUGGCCGACAAACCUCAACCGAGUGGUGCUGGUGGCGACCGUGGAGGGUUCGGCCGUGGACGCGGCGAUCGUGGCCGAGGCCGCGGCCGAGGUGGUGCCCGUCGUGGUGCCAAGAGGGACGAGGAGAAGGAAUGGGUCCCAGUCACCAAACUUGGACGACUGGUCAAGGACGGCAAGAUCAAAUCGAUCGAAGAAAUUUACUUGUUCUCCCUCCCCGUCAAGGAGUACCAGAUCAUUGACCUCCUCUUGCCCAACCUCAAGGAUGAGGUUAUGAAGAUCAUGCCUGUCCAGAAGCAAACCCGAGCCGGACAACGUACCCGAUUCAAAGCGUUUGUUGCGAUCGGAGACUCGGAUGGCCACUUGGGACUGGGCGUGAAGUGUGCGAAGGAAGUCGCGACGGCGAUCCGGGGUGCGAUCAUCAUUGCCAAGCUGUCGAUCAUCCCCGUCCGACGAGGAUACUGGGGCGCCAAGCUCGGUGAGCCCCACACCGUGCCCUGCAAGGUCCAGGGAAAGACCGCCUCCGUCUACGUCAAGCUCGUCCCUGCCCCUCGAGGAACCGGUAUCGUCGCCGCCCCCGCUAGCAAACGGCUCCUCCAACUCGCCGGUGUCCAGGAUGUCUACACUCAGUCCCGUGGAAACACCUCCACCAUGGGUAACUUCUUGAAAGCCACCUAUGCUGCCAUCACCGCUACCUACGGUAUCCUCACCCCAGACAUGUGGCAACAGAUCCCUCCUCCGCCCCAACCCUUCGAGGAAUUCUCAACCCACUUGCAACUCGUUGCUUCCAAGGCUACUUACUAG